AUGGCAUCCAAUCGAGACCCAAUCCUCCCCGGAGGAACCACAAAUGCACCGGCAGGUACAACCGGCUCCGCUGCCAUUCCGCCUGCGAGCGGAGGUACCGGAGAGUAUGGCAGUGCCCCGAAUAGUGGCGCAACUGCAGGUCUAGGCAGAACAGAAGAGACAAAGACUUUCCCCAAGAGCACGCCAGAGACCGGGACAUACGGCGCCCCUGCAGGAGAAGCCAACUUCACUCCCAGCGAUGCACACGGCAGUAACACGGGCGCUAGCAUUGGCAAGGGGAUCAGAGGUGUCUUUGCGCAGGGACAUGGCAUCGGCGAGACAAUCAGGGGCAACUUCAACGCUGCGCUAGAUGGUUUGGCUGGCAGCAAGGAAGGUGAAGAGAAGAACGCUGCAAUUGCGAACAAGGGUGAAAGGGAGUUCACCAACAAGGAAUUCGAGCACGGGAGCACCGGUAGGCACUUGUGA